AUGGGGUCUCUGCCCAGACAGGUGGUGCUGAGACUGCUCUACACCAACCCCUUCAUUCGUCCACAGGAGCUGCGGGACUCCUUGUGGGAAGCAGUGCGGAAUUGCCAGCUGGAGGUUCUGAGAAGCCUCCUGGAGUUCCGGGUGGACCCCAUGUGUGAGCCCUCGGAAAGCAUCAGCAGCCCUCCGCCUCAGCUGAGGAACCGGCGCUGGACACCGCUGCUCGCGCUGGCGGUGGACGGGAGCGCAGAGCGAGCGCAGGUGGUGGGGGAGCUGCUCUCGCACAGAUGUGACAUCGGCUUGGCGGACAAGGGCCGCGUGGCGAAUCCGGUGGAAAGUGCAUCCAAAGCUUGCCAGACGAGCUUGAAGCAAGAUACCCGCUUCCCGGCGCUGGAUGAAUUGGAGAAGCUGCAAGAGGAGGAGCUACAGUGUCUUGAGCGAAGUCUGGAGGCGCAGCUUCAGCUGGUGCGACGCCGGCGCUGCAGCCUUCUGGAAGGACGCCUGCAGAGCGUGCAGAGAAGGCACGAAGAAGCCUGCCGCAACAAGCAGGAUCUAGAGGAAGAGCAGUGCUGCGUGGUGUGCUCCGAGCUGCAGAAGUCGGUGGUCUUCAUGCCCUGCAGGCACCUCUGUACAUGCCUGCAGUGCUCUGUGCCUUUGGAGCUUUGUCCCAUUUGCCGGGCCAGCAUCGAGAAGAAAGUCCAAUGCAUUCGCCCUUGA